AUGGUAGAUUUAUCCAAUGAUUUUAUCUUAUAUUAUAAGAAGAGUAGGGUCGAAGAUGCUAAACUACGGACUGCCCAAGAAAUAAAUGAGAAUCAGAUACAAAGCUACUUGUACAACGGUUACUCGCAAAGUGUAAUGCCAAGAGAUGUUGCGUUGCCCGUGCCGGAAGAUGUGGCCUCAAAAGUUUGUAAUCCGCCUAUGGUUCGUGAACCACCAGGUAGACCAAAACUGUCACGGAUAAAAGGUGCAUUGGAAAAUGCUAUGGAGCGAAACAGGCCUAGAAAUGAAAGCUUGUGUGGUAAUUGUCACCAACACGGCCAUAAUCAGAGGACUUGCAAAGCUUAA